UUUUACAUUGUAUAUGUGGUGUUUUUUCGUCGUCGACCAAGAAAUUUAAAGAAUCAAUCAAAUCGAGAGCCAGAAAUGAGAGCUGAGGUCGAGGAUAAUGACGCAGUUUAUCAAGAUCUCGAUUUAACUGAAAUGAAUUCUGAAGAUAACUAUCAGUCGUUGACAGUGAAUUCUUGUGACGACGAGGAAGCAUACGAAUAUGAUAAUACAUACGCCGACUUAAACAAAAUCAGGGAUGUUGAAGAAAAUUAUCAAUCCUUAACUUGGUGA